CAGACAAGGAACUCUGCGGCUGACAAUGGCCUCCGUAACCACCGUGGCUCUACAGUCUCUCACAGCCGCAAAACUCCAUCCUCCUUCUCAAAGCGGCUCUAAAUCCUUCAAGCCAGUGAAGAGCCGUGUCUCCUGCUCUCUCCACAACGAUCUUAAGAACUUGACUCUGAACUGCGUAGAAGCUACCAAGAUCGCUAGCUUUGCACUAGCCACCUCUGCUCUUGUCAUCUCAGGUGCAAGUGCAGAAGGAGUGCCAAAGAGGCUAACAUACGAGGAGAUACAGAGCAAGACUUACAUGGAAGUGAAAGGAACUGGAACAGCGAACCAGUGUCCAACCAUUGAAGGUGGCUUGGAGUCUUUUGCUAUUAAGCCAGGCAAAUACUACGCCAAGAAAUUCUGCUUGGAGCCAACUUCAUUCACUGUCAAAGCAGAAGGUGUUAGCAAGAACGCCACGCCGGUUUUUCAAAACACUAAGCUCAUGACCCGUCUUACCUACACACUCGACGAAAUCGAAGGCCCUUUUGAGGUAGCAACUGAUGGAACGGUGAGGUUUCUUGAGAAAGACGGUAUCGAUUACGCUGCAGUGACAAUACAACUUCCAGGUGGUGAGCGUGUACCGUUCUUGUUCACAAUCAAGCAGCUCGUGGCAUCAGGUAAACCAGAGAGAUUUGGGGGAGAUUUCUUGGUGCCAUCUUAUAGAGGCUCGUCUUUCUUGGACCCAAAAGGACGUGGCGGCUCUACGGGUUAUGACAAUGCAGUUGCGUUACCAGCUAGAGGAGACGAUGAAGAGUUGGAUAAGGAGAAUAAUAAGAACACAGCUGCUUCUGUUGGUGAGAUAACAUUCAGUGUAACAAAGAGUAAGCCUGAGAGCGGUGAAAUGAUCGGUGUUUUCGAGAGUAUUCAGCCUUCGGAUACUGAUUUGGGUGCUAAGACUCCUAAGGAUGUUAAGAUUCAAGGUAUCUGGUAUGCUAAGCUUGAGUAGUAAAACAUGGAUUCAUGUAGAGAAUCUAUUUGUUUAGUCUGAUUAUUAGAUGUUAACUAUUCUGGUUAAACAAAAGGUUUGUUUACUUGAUUUGAAACAAGCAUAAGUAUCAAACAAUUAGAGUAAGCCAUUAUAAACCCCUCAUGAAUAAUAUGAGCCGUUCAUAAUCCAC